UGUGAAGUUUGCCGAACUCAGGAUAACCUGAAAAAAUUUUGUCACACUCCGAACUUUGGAUCCUUGUCAGUGAAAAAAAAAGAAAAUUACAACACAGUGGAAAAAAAUUAUCGUGUUUAUUGAAAAUGAAAGUAUGUAUAAAAUUGUACAGAGCCUAAACAAGGAGAGAUCGGGUAAUGGAGUUGUCCGCGGUUCGAUCAGUCCAAUUUACGAUUAUUGAUUUCGAUAAAUUUCGCAAUACCAGCCUUCGUAAUUUUGUGUUGUUACGGUGGUCUCGGUCCUCAUUCUCGUCGUCCCGGCGCAGUGGACAGUUUAGAGAAAGAGGUAAGAGAGAGUGAGCGAGAAAGGGAAAAUAAAGCGCCGGCCCCACGCGACCAACCACCAUAUUGCAUAAGGUUUUUCCGAGCGACUCGACUUAUCAUCUUUUCGUUCAGUGAAUUAUAUAUUUGGAAAUAAACAUAAAAAACCAUGUUGAGCUGUGGCAAAGUGAUUGGACAAUUGUCGAAAAUAACGAGACACGCGCAUCAAAAUUCGAUAAAUCAAACUUCAAAAAGUGUUGCUAUUAGUGGUCUAAACCAUUUGAGAUACACAACUGACUCCCAGAGUAAAAAACCCCUUAAACCCGCUGGCACAACUCUCAAAGCUGAGGAAUGCAUUCCAAAGGCAAAUCCUAAUGUUGCGAAGCAGACCACUCCAGCUGCUCCGGUAGCACCUAUUCCACCAGGAUGCCCUGUAACAGCAGACGGUACUCGACCUCCCCAUUGCGAAGAUAUUUGUGGCCCUAUACCACCACGACGACCGGGUGAUAAAGGACCGAAUUGGUUAUUACAGUAUUGGAAACAAUUAUUGGCUGCUUUAAUCAUUACUGGAACAGGGUUUUAUGUGUUGGAUCGUUCACAAGGGAAGGAAUCGACAACCACAACAAAAUCCAAAAAGAAGAAAGAAAAGGAAAAGGGGAGGAAACGAGAAAAAAUAAAAUCGCCUGCCACCUCAAGCUCUAUACCAUCCGAAGUUCCUUAUCUACUCAUAGGUGGUGGGACAGCAGCAUUUUCGGCAUUCCGAUCAAUCAAAUCACGUGAUCCUAAAGCUAAGGUACUUGUCAUAACGGAAGAAUCGACUCUUCCAUAUAUGCGACCACCUCUUUCCAAAGAACUUUGGUACAGUAAAGACAGAGUGGCAGCCGCGUUACUCAAUUUUAGACAAUGGAAUGGAACUCAGAGAAGUUUAUUUUAUGAGCCACCGGAAUUUUAUGCAAAAGUCGAGCAUCUUGCCGAGUCGGAUAAAGGUGGGGUGGCCAUUGCAUCUGGUUGGAAAGUCACAAAAAUAGAUCCGUAUAAAAAAAUAGCUGUUCUCGAGGAUGGUUAUGAAAUAAAGUACGACAAGUGUCUCGUAGCUACGGGAGCUUUACCAAAGAAUCUCCCAGUUUUUGAGGCUGCCGAUGAUGUAGCAGCAAGCAAAAUCAUUGCUUUCCGGACGAAAGAAGAUUUCCUGGACUUGGAAGAGAACGUCAAUAAAUCCGAUGUUCAAAACAUUGUUAUUAUCGGGGGUGGAUUCUUAGGAUCAGAACUGGCGUGUUCACUGGCACGCAAUCUUGAGGGAACGACGAAACGGGUUUAUCAAGUAUACAAGGAGAAGUAUAUCAUGGCACAAGUCUUGCCAGAAUAUCUUAGUGAAUGGACAACUCAUCGAGUCUCAAUGGAAGGUGUCAUUUGCACUCCAAAUACUGAAGUUAAGGAUUAUGAGAUUAAAAACGGACAGCUCAAUCUUAUUCUAACAAACAAUAAAACUCUUCCAGCCGAUCAGAUAAUUGUGGCUGUGGGAGUCGAAGCGAAUACGGAACUGGCUGAUUCUUCGGAUUUGGAAGUUGAUCCUGUGACAGGUGGUUAUCUCGUAAAUGCAGAACUCGAAGCACGCAGCCAUCUGUGGAUUGCCGGUGAUGCGGCUUCUUUCUACGACGUUAGACUCGGUAGAAGAAGAAUCGAGCACCAUGAUCACGCGGUGAUUUCCGGAAGACUGGCCGGUGAAAAUAUGACGGGCGCGGGCAAGCCAUAUCUUCAUCAAUCCAUGUUCUGGUCGGACUUGGGACCGGAAGUCGGUUACGAAGCGAUAGGAAUCGUCGACUCAACACUGCCGACUGUUGGAGUAUUCGCUAAAGCGACAGAAAACGACACACCUUUGGCGGCUGUAUCAGCAUCGAACGAAGUAAUGAGAUCGGCCAGUGAAGAAAAAUCGCACGAAGAGCAUAGAGCUAAUGAGAAAAACGAGUCGCAAAAGCAGGAAAUCCCCAAUUCCGGAAACCUCGAAGUCAACAAGGGUCAAACUUCCGAAGACAAACCAAUCACGGAGGUUACGACCGAACAGUGUCCCGAGAAAAUUGAGGAGAUUAAAAAACUCGACGACUACGGGAAAGGCGUUAUUUUUUACCUCAAAAAUGAUGUCGUCGUUGGAAUCGUUUUAUGGAACAUAUUUAAUAGAAUGUCGAUAGCCCGACAGGUCCUAGCGAGGGGGACGAAAUACGAUGACCUCAACGAAAUAGCAAAAUUAUUUACAAUUCACGAUGAUUGAUCAUCCGAGUGGUGACACUCCGUGGAGUGUGUCUGAGUUAAUUCCGACAAAGCUACCCACUCGCUCAGUCACUGUUCUGUACAUAUUUGAAUCAUUUCUACGGUCAAUUCCUGUACGCGAAGCGUCACGUGAGCAUAGAAAACUGAAGUAUAAAAUGAGAGAAAAAAGCACGUCUAAUGCUAAUAAUUCUUUCAACGCAACAUGAAGCGUCUUGAGAGAUUAAUGGCGCGUUAGUUAUCAGAAACCGUAACUCAAAAUGAAUUGGCAUGAGUUAAAAAAUUACGCGCAUCCAAAAGGUCACGCGUAGUCUCACUCGAACCGUACAAACAAACGAAACAAGUUAAUGUGCAUUUAUCACGCCUGUUAAGGUCCACACGUUUACAUUGUUGAAACAAAAAGAAUAUUAAAUGAAACGAUAUUACUGAGAAA